AAAGGAAAGUACGCAUGCGCAAUCCGCCGUUACAUCACUCACGUGGAAGACAUUUUGUGCGCAGUGCGAAGAGUUUCUAGACUUUUCCACAUUUUCUCCGGAGAAAAGCAGACCAGUGAACCAACAUGUUGUCUGCAGCAAGAUUUACAGCGACUCAGCUAACGCACCAGUCUAAGAACUGGACACUUUUACUGCAGAACAGAGGGUUUUCGCACGCCACGAAAAGGGUACCAUGGACCAGAGUGCUGUCAGACUCCAUCACAACACAGUCCAAGAGACAUGCCUCAGACGGUGUAAAAGGGGCAGUGAUUGGCAUCGACUUGGGCACGACAAACUCCUGUGUUGCUGUGAUGGAGGGAAAGGCUGCCAAGGUCCUGGAAAACGCAGAGGGCUCCCGGACAACUCCAUCUGUCGUCGCUUUCACACCUGAGGGAGAAAGACUUGUGGGCAUGCCCGCCAAGCGUCAGGCAGUCACCAACCCAAAAGCAACAUUUUACGCAACCAAGCGACUGAUCGGACGCAAGUAUGAGGACAAGGAGACACAGAAGGACCAGAAGACAGUGUCGUUUGAGAUCGUGAAGGCAUCAAAUGGGGAUGCCUGGGUCCAGGCACAUGGCAAGAUGUACUCACCCAGUCAGAUUGGAGCUUUCACACUCAUGAAGAUGAAAGAAACUGCUGAGAGCUACUUGGGUACCUCAGUGAAGAAUGCUGUAAUUACUGUGCCAGCCUACUUCAAUGAUUCACAGAGACAGGCAACCAAGGAUGCUGGACAGAUCGCAGGCUUGAAUGUCCUGAGAGUUAUCAACGAACCAACUGCAGCUGCUCUGGCUUAUGGCAUGGACAAGACAGAGGACAAAAUCAUUGCCGUGUAUGACCUGGGAGGUGGAACCUUCGAUAUCUCCAUCCUGGAGGUGCAGAAGGGCGUGUUUGAGGUGAAGUCUACUAACGGAGACACCCUGCUGGGAGGAGAGGACUUUGACAACACACUGCUCAACUACCUGGUCAAGGAGUUCAAGAGAGAGCAAGGCAUUGACCUGACCAAAGACAACAUGGCCCUGCAGAGGCUGAGAGAGGCAGCUGAGAAGGCCAAGAUUGAGCUGUCAUCUUCCCUACAGACGGACAUCAACCUCCCCUACUUGACAAUGGACCAGUCCGGUCCCAAGCACAUGAACAUGAAGUUGACCCGUGCCCAGUUUGAGAACCUGGUCGGUGACAUCAUCAAGCGCACGGUACAGCCGUGCGUCAAGGCCAUCCAGGAUGCAGAGGUUAAUAAGUCCGACAUUGGGGACGUCCUCCUGGUGGGAGGCAUGACCCGGAUGCCAAAGGUCCAGUCCACAGUGCAGGAGGUGUUUGGCAGGACGCCCAGUAAGGCUGUGAACCCAGAUGAAGCCGUGGCCAUCGGUGCGGCGAUCCAGGGCGGAGUGUUGGCCGGAGACGUGACAGACGUUCUGCUCCUGGACGUCACACCUCUGUCCCUCGGCAUCGAGACACUGGGAGGAGUCUUCACCAAACUCAUCAACAGGAACACCACCAUCCCUACCAAAAAGGGACAGGUUUUCUCCACAGCUGCAGAUGGACAGACACAGGUGGAGAUCAAGGUGUACCAGGGAGAGCGAGAGAUGGCCGCCAACAACAAGCUGUUGGGUCAGUUCCAGCUGGUCGGGAUCCCGCCCGCACCACGGGGGGUCCCACAGAUCGAGGUGACCUUUGACAUUGACGCCAACGGUAUCGUGAAUGUGUCUGCACGAGACAAGGGAACUGGCAAGGAGCAGCAGAUCGUGAUCCAGUCCAGUGGAGGUUUGAGUAAGGAUGACAUUGAGAACAUGGUCAAACAGGCAGAGAAGUUUGCUGAAGAGGACAAGAAGAAGAAGGAAGAAGUGGAGGCUGUGAACCAAGCUGAGAACAUCAUCCACGACACAGAAUCCAAGAUGGAGGAGUUCAAGGACCAGCUGCCACAGGAUGAGUGUGACAAGUUGAAGGAGGAGAUCUCCAGGGUUCGUGACCUGCUGGCCAGGAAAGACGAGGUGGCAGCAGAUGACAUCAGACAGGCGUCCUCACAGAUGCAGCAGGCCUCACUCAAACUCUUCGAAAUGGCCUACAAAAAGAUGGCAGCUGAGAAAGAAGGUGGACAGCAACAGGACCAGCAGCAACAACAGCAGGAAACAACAGACAGCGAUAAGAAGGAGGACAAGAACUAGGGAUCGUCACUAAAUUCUAGAUUGUUAAGGUUAUACAUUUAUUGGAACUGAUCAUGUCUAUACUAUAUGGAGAGACGUAUGCAGGCAGUACUAUAUUACCCUUCAGAAAAAUACUAUCCCACAAUGUAUAUGUCUAUGGGGGGAGGGUAUUUUGUUUACUACAAUGUGUUGUAGUAGUGGUAUAUGUGAGCUGUACAUGUGUGACUAACUUGAAAUAACGGUAUAAUGUAGUCCACAAGUCAAAGCCACAAAGUAAGUCACCUGUCGUGUCCCUUGAAGUACAAUGUAGCUUGCAUCUAUCUAUGUGUAAAAUCAGUCACAGGUCCAGAAGAAGAAUGAUCUUUAGACAAAUUUGUGUUUUGGGAGGCCCAAACAGUUGGCAAUCCAUUGGAAAUAUACAAUUUAUCCAGAGCUUCAUAAGGGAGAGGUGUUUUUACUUCUAACAAGAGUAUUACUCCAGAACUAAAUCUCUUAUUGCAUCUUGGUAGUUGUGAGUCAAAAAUAGCGUCAGCCAAGUUGAAGGUAAAUAAGUUAGAAAAACUAAAACUUUACACAAUACAUAAAGGACUUGAUGUUUCCUGCUGAAAUGAGCGCUGUACUGAUAUUUGCAAAUGUAACAUUGCUCUAGUGUAUGCUUAGUUUUUACAUGUCUGUCAGAAAGUUACCAUUCCAGGUAAUAUGCUCUCCAUGUUCCCAUCUUAAUCCUGUCUGUACAGUUAUGUAGAAGAUACAUGUACAUGUUUGUGUUGAUUUUGGGUAUUUGUAUCAUCAAGCCUUUUUGGUAGUAAAUCAAUCCUUUGAAACCCUU